AUGGGCCCGGGGGCAGGCCGCCGGCCCACCAUGCUGCUGGGCCCCUGGCUGGUGGCGGUGGUGGCGGUGGUGACGGCGGGCGCCGGUGCAGGCUGCCCGGUGCUGUGUACGUGCCGUGGGCAGGCGGUGGACUGCAGCGGGCAGCGGCUCUUCUCGGUGCCCGCCGAGCUGCCCUUGGACACCGGCAACCUCAGCCUGGCCCACAACCGCAUUGCCAGCAUCCCGCUGGGCUACCUGGCCUGCUACGCCCAGCUGCGUGUCCUUGACCUGCGCAACAACUCGCUGGCCGCACUGCCCGCCAGGCUGUUCCUGGGCGCCCGCCGCCUCACCCACCUGGACCUCAGCUACAACAACUUCAGCCUGGUGACGGCCGACAUGUUCCUGGAGGCCAGCGAGCUGCUGCGCCUCGACCUCAGCCACAACCCCUGGCUGUGCACGGUGCACCCCAGGGCCUUCCGCGGGCUGGCGCAGCUGCGGGAGCUGGACCUCAGCUACGGGGGGCUGUCGGCCCUCAGCCUGGACGCGCUGGAGGGGCUGACGGGGUUGGUGACCCUCCGGAUCGGCGGCAACCCCUGGGUGUGCGGCUGCGCGAUGGAGCCCUUCCUCAAGUGGCUGAAGAGCCGCAUCCAGCUCUGCAUGUCAGAUUCGCAGCUGGCCAAGUGCCAGGCUCCCCCCGAGGUGAAGGAGGUGCCCCUCUUCUCUCUGACGGAGGAGAGCUUCAAGGCGUGCCACCUCACCCUGACCCUGGAUGACUAUCUCUUCAUCGCCUUCGUGGGCUUCGUGGUCUCCAUCGCGUCGGUGGCCACCAACUUCCUGCUGGGCAUCACGGCCAACUGCUGUCACCGCUGGAGCAAAGCCAGCGAGGACGAGGAGGUUUAGGACCACUGUCACCACCAUGAAGCUGAGCUGAGCUUGAAGCCCCAGCUGCUGGGACAGUGGAGGCGGCAGCAGAGGGGUGCAGGGGAGACCCCAGACCAGGAGCUCGGGGAGACAGAGCAGGGUCUGCAGCCGAAGCAAACCCCAUGUGAGAAAGAACCCCAAAAGCAGCACGUGCCUUGGGGGAUACUGAUGCCCACUGCCUGGGGAGAAAACCACGGAAAUCACCGCUUUCAGCCCAAAAACAGCACUGGUAGAGCAAGAGCCUGCAGCCUCCUGUUCCCCAAAUCCAGCUUGUUCUCUGCAGCUAAGGGCCAAGCCCAGGACAUGGCGCUCAUUGGGGACAGCCCCAGGUGCUGGUGACACUUGCCACAACUUGGACAUGCAGACAGCACCAGAGCCACAAGCGUUGAAGCCCCGCAAGCAUCUCCUUUUACCAGCCAAUUCCUGCUCCUUCCCCUUCUCCUCUCAAGUUUUGUGCAGGUUUUGGGCCAUACCUGGCACCCAGCCUGGCCAGACAGCUUGGGGAACCAUUGUUGGGAGGCAAAAGGAACUCCAAAGAAAUGAAAAAAAAGAAGAAAAACCCACAAAGCUACUGGCCUCUCUGUCCAAGCAGGAUGGCCACUGCUCUCGUGUGUGUUUUACGCUGUCUUCAUGGCCAUCCCUGCAGAGAGUAGGGCUGAAGACUGACACUUCCACUCCAGCUGUAAAACUCCCGCAGUCACGUAGCACUUUGCUGCCAAGAUAUGUUUGCUCCCAUCCUUGCCCUCUGGGGGACUCUGCUUGGGACAGCCCCCCCACCCCACCCCUUACACCCUCCCUGGAGCCAUUC